GACGAUCUUUAUUUUUGUUUUGAGGACAGCUGCUGAUUUUCGAAGUCAAUCCCAUCAAAGAGAACGUAACUGCCACCGUUUUUGAUCGAAGAAAACACGGCAUCCCACCCUGGUCGGCUCAUAGUGCUGGACAAGCACAAGUUAUGACAAAUAGAAACCGUUGCCCUUCACAUUGGCUUGUCAAAGGGAACCUUUCAUGGAUACACGCAAUACGAUGCGGCGAAAGUUAAGAAGAGUGCAGGUCUGCAAGGGAGGAGUGGACGUGCAGAACGGGAACAUGAAGCGCGACGUGGGUAAAGUCCUGCGGGCAAUCCCGUUGGGCAAUAACGAGGACACCGAUGUUCCGAUGGAGGACAGAGACGACCCGAUGGAGCAGGACUGUUUCUCCUCGGGCUUCUUCAAGAAUGAGAACUUGGAGAACGCCAUGAUCAUGGCUCCACGUUACAGCCUGCUUCGGGAGGUGGGUCGGGGCAGUUAUGGGGUAGUUUACGAGGCUGUGGCCCGGAAGACAGGGGCCCGUGUCGCCGUGAAGAAGCUCCGCUGCGACGCUCCGGAGAACGUGGAGCUCGCCUUGGCGGAGUUCUGGGCCCUCGCGAGCCUGGAAAAGAAGCACGAGAACGUGGUGCAGCUCGAGGAGUGUGUGCUUCAGAGAAAUGGACUUGCACAGAAGAUGAGUCACGGGAACAAACGAUCCAAACAGUACCUGAGGCUAGUGGAGACCUCCCUAAAAGGUGAGCGGGUCCUGGGAGGCCCUGAGGAGCCGUGCUACCUUUGGUUCGUGAUGGAGUUCUGCGAGGGCGGCGACCUGAACCAGUACAUCCUGUCUCGGCGGCCGGACCCGCGCACCAACCGCAGCUUCAUGCAGCAGCUGAGCCGCGCCGUGGCCUUCCUGCACCAGAACAACAUCGUGCACCGCGACCUCAAGCCCGACAACAUCCUCAUCUCCCAGCGCUCCGGCAAGCCCGUCAUCAAGGUCGCCGACUUCGGCCUCAGCAAGGUGUGCGCCGGCCUCGGGGCCGAGCACGACGUCGGCGGCGGCGGAGGUGACCAGGGCGAACGCACGGCCAACCGCAACACCGUCAACGUCAACAAGUUCUGGCUGUCGUCGGCAUGCGGCUCGGACUUCUACAUGGCGCCGGAGGUGUGGGAGGGUCACUACACGGCCAAGGCGGACAUCUUUGCCCUGGGCAUCAUCAUCUGGGCCAUGAUCGAGCGCAUCACGUUCAUCGACGGCGAGUCAAAGCGGGAGCUGCUGGGCUCGUACGUGCGGCGCGGCGGGGACAUCGUGCCGGUCGGCGAGGCCAUGCUGGAGAACCCCAAGAUGGUGCUGAGCAUCCCGGCGCGCUCACGCUCCUGCAUGAGCGAGGGACUGCGGCGCCUCCUGCUGGACAUGCUGGCCGUUAACCCGCAGGACCGGCCCGACGCCACACAGCUGCAGACGCGCAUGGACCAGAUCACCUGCGCAGCCUGAUGCGCACACACACGCAUGCAUGCAUCCAGAAAGGUGCCAUAAGGGACGACAGCUGUGAAGCUUCGGGACUUUACACCAGGAGAGACAGUGGAAACACACACAUCCACGCACGCGCACACACACACACAGACACACACACACACACACACACACACGCGCGCGCACACACACACACACACACACACACACACACACCUCUUUGACUGUUUAACUGAACAUUUCAGCUGUAAAUGAACUCACCACCUCCACCUCCUCUACAGUCUGGCAGAAGAUAUUGUAAACGUACACACACACACACACACACACACACACACACACACACACACACACAAAUACACCCACAGCUCCAGUUGUGAUCAGUGUUUGAAUUGUGUGUGAAGUGCUGGCCGGGUAUCGGUGCAGGAGCAGGAGGAGGAGGAGGAGGAGGAGGAAGGUGCUGAUAAGAAUGACAUGAUGAUGAUGAAGAAGAUGAUGAAGCUGUGAAACAGAAACUGCAAUGUGAAUGUGGUGUGUGUGUACCACGGGACCUCUCCUCUGGUCAAAACACACAAGUGCCUUAGUCUGUCUGGACGAGAGAAAAGGGAAAGGUGUCCAGUGUUAGGAUCUGCGUGUCAUGCGGAUGGGUCUCUGUCCUGCUGACGCUCUCUGCACAUGACUCAUGACUCCGCCUGCACCACCCAAAAGCCAAAUUCAGCCCAAAAGUCAUUAGUGUGCAUCUUUACACCCAUAUCAAUGAUGAUCCACGGCGGAUCAAUCAUGUAUCAAUGAUGAUCGAUGUAUGUAAACAAAUUUUUUUCCAGAAAAAAAGCUACAUUACUGAUGUUGAUUCAGCAAGUUGUAAUAAUGUUGAA